AUGUCUCUUGCCACCAUUCAAGCCUUGGAAGUCGUCAUUGCUGGUUCAGAUAACGAGAAGAAAGUAUUACGACUCAAUGCGCUUCGUGACGAACUGGAAUCCCUUGAAUGCGCGCCUGAUCUUCAAACUUUGAUCGCAUCUCUCAAGAGCUCCCUAGAUUCUUCAAAUGGACAUCUAUCCUAUGCUGCACUUGCCUGUUUGCCACCACUUGCCCGCACUCUCGCUUCGCCGGCCCAUCAGUCUGCCCUGAAACAGCUCGUCAUCUCACUUUAUUCUCCGGCUUCAAGUAGUGUGGCUAGUUUUCUCGGAGAUGCCAAGCAACGAACCCGCGAGACGGCCCGAGCCGCUCUUUUUGCGGCCGCCUCAGCUGCCUGUGAAGCACAUUUAAUCUCCCAAACUUCACCCCGCACAGAUGACGUCUUACAGGACAUUGAACGUAUCGUCAAAGAGCAAGGGUUUGCAAGCAAGAUUGCUCGGGCCCGGGUACAGACUCUUUAUUAUUUAUCCGAAAUCCGCUCCCGGUAUCCAGCUUUGAUUCCAUUCAAAACGUAUUUGCCUUCCUUGGUUUCAUUGCUCGAGGACUCCGAUGCUUCUGUUCGAACUGCUGCAUCAGAGUGUGUUACCACCGUGUUUUCUGAUCCAUCACUGCCGCCAUCUGCUCGAGGGGAUCUCAAAAACGAAUUGGCUAAACAAGGUACCCGGCGCUCAACGGUCGAUAUUAUCCUUGCAAAAGUCUUCAGCACCUCAAACCCCGCUGUCAAUAGCACAUGUGCUCUUGGUUCUAGUGCGGACGAUCCACCUUUGACACAGACCGAUGACAGUGUGCGCGAUCAGGCCGUCAAUUCCAAUCACGACCCGUUAGCCAGCUCGCAAUCUGGCCCACCAGGUUCAGAACCCCCACCUCCUUCCGGGAUCAUCCACCCAGUCUUUGUAUCUGGUCCCCGUGAAUUGGAAUCCAUAUUUGCGAAAAUGUUGCCCCCAUGGGAAGGCAAAGAAACUGAACACAACUGGCAAGCACGAGAAGCCAAUUUGAACACACUUCGUGGUAUGAUCAAAACUAAUGUCCAUAUGCAGUAUGCUGCUGACUUCAUCAUUGGUCUCAAGUCGGUUUCUGAGGGAUUGCUGAAAUCAUUAGCCUCCUUAAGAACAACCAUGGCCGUUGGAGCUUGUAAUGCAUUCGCCGAGCUUAGUGUACUUGGUGCUGCACUCGAUCCCUUGGUUGAUAUAAUCCUACCUCCACUACUUCGUAUGGCCGCUCAGACAAAAAAACUUGUCUUUCAAGCUUCGCAGGCUGCAGUCUCAGCCCUCAUCAAGUCAACAUAUCAUCCUCGUGUCCUGCAAUAUCUUUCGGCAUGUAUCAAUGAAAAAACCGUACAGUCACGUGUUGCAGGAAUUUCUCGAAUGAAAGAGUUUCUGGAUUUCCAUGGACAACGAUCCAAGUCUCAGAUCGAAUCAGGGGGUGGACUUGGAAUUAUUGAAAAAGUUCUACGCCGCUCGUUAGCUGAUGCCAGUCCGGCAGUCCGUGAAACCGCCCGCGAAGUCUUCUGGAACUGCUCUGCAAUAUGGCCUCAAAUGACUAGCCCCUUGAUCGACUCACUCGAUGGGCCUACCCGCAAACAGUUAGAGAAGGCUAGCACAGGUCGUCGGGCCGUUUCAAGCACGUUGUUUAAGGCUGAAAAAGAACCUUCAAGUCGAAUCUCGGUGAGGUCACUGAUCAAAUCUACACGUUCUGCCCACCGCGCGACUGAAAACCCCAAUGCGGUACAAGUGGCAAACGCAUCUCCCAGGCAAGUUGCCAGUAACAGCGGUGUAAUCGAAUCGCCCACAACCAAGUCUGGUACAAGCCUCGCACAUCGAACACCGGAACGCCAGUAUGCUGUACAAUCUCCCUCUAGAAACGAGAUGAGAAGGAGUGUCUCUGCCCGUGAUCCGCCGAUCUCAUCUCCCCCACUCGGACUGGCUACAAGUAAAACGCUAAGCCCCCGGAAGACCGGUCAAGCGUCACCAAUUUCACGAAUCGCCGUACGAUCAGCGAGCACAGGAAAGAAUUUCUGUCCUCCUAACCAACGGCUUCAACCGAGGAAGGUUUUGAGUGCCGAAAAUAUCGUCGAAGAUGCGAUGAAAGCGCAAGCCGAGCAGGCCGAAUCUGCAGCCCAUCGACUUCUGGAGCUCACGGAAGAUGAAAACGAGCUUCUGCCACUCGUUCCACUUGGUCCGGGUGGUGUUUUACUUCCAACAACCACUCGCUCUGACCAUUCCCGUUUAGCUCAGCUUACGCAAUCGCACACCGCCAAACAGUUUCAGAACAUUUCCAAUAAAGACACCAUAUGGAAACAAUUCGAAGAUUCUCCCCGAAAUCAUCCUCAUUUCGCAGUCGAAGAGGUCCCCAAGAAAGACAUCGCACAUCGUGGGAACAAGAAUCUUUGGUGGCACCGCCAAGCUGAGCUAUCAAUGUGUGCGGGUCGUCAAGACUCAUCCCCAGACGAUAUCCUAAGACUGAUAGCUCAAAUUGAGAAGAAUCCACCGACGUCUGAAAAUCGACAAAUAUAUCUAGACCUGUCGCAGGCAUGCUAUGAGCAUCGAUGUUCAAUAGGCAAGGUUGAUAGUGCUGGUACUGUAAUCAAAUCAGAAGAGAAAUCCCAGAUGGAGAAGAAUAUGCAGUUUUGGGUGGACCAGAAUUUGUUUGACAGGCUGUUUGAAGCUUUGAAAGAGACCCUGAAACAGAAUGUUUCCGUAGAAGUUAAAGACGCUCAAUUAGUCCUAUUGAGGGCGUUAAUCCUAUAUGAAACCAUGUUGAUGGCUGGGAAAGAAACUGAACUGUGUGAAUUGUUGCUGCUGGUGGCUUCCGAAGGUGUAUCAAAUUUAAUCAUUGCAGUCGAGGCCUUAGGAAGCUUGUGGGCUGAAACAAGCGAUCCUGUUUACGGCUUGAGCUGUUUACGAAGCUGUGUUGAAAUCGUCAGCCAACGAAAUUCGAUGAACCAGGCUUCCAUCAACCAACCAGGGUCGGAGAAUUGGAUGGGAUUGGCAAUGAGCUGUCUCGGUGGAUUUUUCUGCAGACUUCCACCUGAAAUUGUCGAAGAAGAAUUGCCCAAGGCUAGCGAACUGAUCAAACGAGCCCUCAAUCAUCGCCAGGCCGAAAUUCGCAUGUCGGCAGUCAUGAGUUUGGUUUCAGCAAAUCAAGUGAUCAAGAACGAUCGAGAAAUCUUCCAAGUUUUGGGCAACCUGACCACUGCGCAAGAAGCGUUGAUUACUUAUUAUUUAACUCCAAGCCAAUAG